AAACAAGUAGCCUUGAACUUUUGUUAUUGUUAGAAAUGUUCCUGGAAUUAUAUGUUGUUUGUAGCAGCUUUAGUUCAUGAUGAAUCAGAAACUUGAAAGUGCAGUUUUAGGAGCAUGGACAUUCUUUGCCUCUGCCCAUGCAAUUGAUGUUUGUGGAUUAAAUGGUUUGCCCCUUACGCCAAACUCAAUUAGAAUUCUAGGACAGUUUCAAAAAUUGAAAACCUUAUCACAUUGUGGAAUAUGUGCUUAUUUAGAUGCAAAACGUGGAAAACAUGAACGAGUAAUGAUUGUGAGUGAAUAUUUUUUAAAUGGAUUACAUGAAAACGAAAAUAGGUCACGUGCCAGGAAUGGUGACAACUUUAGAAAACUUGCCUUUGAAAUCACAAAUGCCUUAUCUUACCUUCAUUUAAAGGGCAUCAUUCAUCGUUGUUUAUCUCCUCAAAAUAUUCGUUUGAAUCCAGAGGGCCAUGUAAAACUCUCAAGUUAUGGGUUGUAUUACAUGACCGAAGGAGGUUCCACUGUAUCAUUUCCCAUUGGAACUCCGAAAUAUUUAGCUCCUGAGGUCAUUUCAUCUGGUCCAUUUGAUAGUAAAUCUUCUCCCAAAAGUGAUAUUUGGUCUAUGGGAAUUAUUUUAUUAGAAGUCAUCACUGGAGCUGAAUUUUUUAAGAAAUUGUCACUUCAAGAUACAUUUAGGAAAAUACUCUCAGUUUUAAAAUUAAUUGAUCACUUAGCAAACAGACCAUUUCAUGAAGUGUAUUAUCUAUGGCAACUAGCUGGUGGUGAUCUGGAAGCUGAGCUGCGAAGGCAAGAACUCAUUAAAGCUAAACCCCCUGUUGUUACUAUAUCCAAGAUUGUAGCUGGAGAAGGAGAAGAAUUUGGAUUGGAAAAAGAUCGUGCUUAUUUAUUAGACGUUUCAGUAUUAACUCUGCCGUUAGAGCCCCUUAAACAUAGACUGAGAGAUGUUGAUCCUGAAGUGUAUUAUCCUCUCACAGAAUAUGUGUUAAAUGGGAUACAUAAUUCCAGUUGUUUUCAAGCUUUGAUAGAAACAGCCAAAUUACCUCUUAUCAUUAAAGAAAAAGAUGUUGAAUAUCAGCUUCAUCGUAAUAUAAUGUUUAAAAAACAGCUUGAAGCAUACCCAUACAAAAGGGCGCAAAUUCUGUAUGAUGCUAAAGUUGACGUUCCUCCUCUUUAUAGGCCAUGGAUAUGGGCUGCUUUACUUGAAAUUGAAGGUGAUGUUACAUUAAUAUAUGACAGUAUAGACAAGGAAACUGUGACUCCAACUGAUCGUCAGAUAGAAGUAGAUAUUCCACGCUGUCAUCAGUAUGAUGAAUUGUUGUCUUCACCUAUUGGUCAUCAAAAAUUUAAAAGGAUUUUGAAAGCAUGGGUUGUUAGUCACCCACAGUAUGUCUAUUGGCAAGGCCUUGAUUCCUUAUGUGCUCCUUUUCUUUCUUUGAAUUUCAAUGAUGAAGCUCUUGCAUAUGCAUGCUUGUCUGCAUUUAUACCAAAAUACCUCUACAAUUUUUUCUUAAAGGACAAUUCAUCUGUCAUACAAGAAUAUCUUGCCAAAUUUUCUCAUUUGAUUGCUUAUCAUGAUCCGCAGUUGACUAACCAUUUAGACAACAUUGGUUUCAUUCCAGAGCUGUAUGCCAUUCCAUGGUUUCUUACUAUGUAUACACAUGUUUUUCCAUUGCAUAAAAUCUUUCAUUUAUGGGAUACCUUGCUGUUGGGUGAUCCAUGUUUUCCUCUUUGCAUUGGUGUAGCUAUUUUAAAGCAACUGCGAAAUAACUUACUAUCAUAUGGCUUCAAUGAAUGCAUUCUUAUGUUUUCUGACAUGCCUGAAAUUGAUAUACAGCGUUGUGUUCAAGAUUCGAAAAAAAUAUUUUGUAGUACACCCAAAAGCAUAACGUACAGAAUGCAUGAAAAUCCUAGUCCAAAACCGAAACAGUCUUCUGCAACUAAUGUGAAGUCCUCGAAUGAAUCUUAUGCAGUAGAGCAGAAUUUAGUGAUGACACCUGUACCUCUUGAAGAACUAAAAUCCGAAACGUGUGCCAGAAUUUCUGCAGAAGACCUGUUAGACUUUUUAGAUCUUUUACCUGGUCCACGAACUCAUCCAAAGUCCCAAAAGAUUAAGAUUGUAGUUGUUGACAUUAGAUCAAGUGAAGAAUAUUGUCGUGGAUCGUUAGAGAACAGUAUAAAUGUACCCUUUUCUACAGCAUUUUCAGAUGAUGGUAGUUUAGGUAGUUCACAACUUCAUCGUAGCUGGAAAGGAAAAUUGAUCACUGUCAUUGGUAGCAGUAAAGACAGAGCAGCUUCUGAAUUUGCUACUAAGCUAGUAAGAGCAGGCUACAGUUAUGUUUGUACUUUACAUGGAGGCAUUGAAGUUUUAAGGAGGACUGGUUUGCUGAUUGCCAAAACAUCUGAAAGCUAUAACAGUUAGUUAAUGAU